AGUGUGAAAGACCACGCAGAAGCUAUGGAGUUGCUUUUUGUGCUUGACCAAGUGCAUAGAUAGAAGACAGGGAUUCCCAGCUGGGAGGAGGGAGGAGAGCUGAAGAUCCCUGCCUGGGCUGGCUGAUCUAAGCAGUCCAAGUGGGAAGCUGAGUGCUUGAAAGAGGAUUAUACUCGCACUAGAAAUAAGCAGUAAGUGAGCGAAUAACCAUGAUGGCUUAGAAAAGGCUUAAUCCCCGUGGGGUUAUGGGGUGAGCUAGAAAGUAUUGCUUAACUCUAGAGUAAAACUGGAAAGCUUCUGACUGUGUACAGUUGUCUGCUGUUUGGAGACUAGGAGCUCAAGUACAAACCCAGAGCUGUAAAUGCCUCCUCCUACUCUUGGAAAAUGCCAACUUCUGUUUACAGUAGUUGGGAAUAUAAUCUCCUUCCCUGAUCUAGCCUCUUUCUGGGGAAAUUUAGUACUAAACCAGAUAAGGAGUUGUGAUUAAAUUGGAGAAGUAGAAUCUGUACUGGCAGGAAGGGCAAUCUUGAAUUAUGUUCUGUGAAUGCCAACAUUGUUAUAUCUAUUAGUAGUGAUUUGCUAAUCACAAGAUAGUCUGGGGUGGGACAUUGAAAGGAAAGUUGAAAACUUUUUUGACAGAGAAGCUGAGUAGUCCAUAUGCAUAAGAUGAGAUAUAAAAAUGUGUAUAAUUAAUAAUAGAUGGAGGGGGUUUUUGAGCAUUAAACUAGAACAUCAGUCAGGGAACAUGGCAGUACUUGGAUAAAUAUUAGCUCGAAAAGAAGAAAUUUUAGUUUCAUUGAUUUCACAAUGUUUACAAAGUCAAAACAAUGAUCCGCGGAUACUUUGGUUAGUGUGGCGCAUUAUAUAUACCAUUGCUGGGCAAGAUCUGUGGUUCUCUGGUCAGCAAGUUCUGGCAAUGAAGCCACUGCGGCUGGUGCAAAGAAUUCUGGGAUGUCUGACAGUGAAAUGGAUGGAAAGACACCUAUUCCAUCUCUACUUAAUGUCCUUUUGUCCAGAAAUCGGGUCAUGCAAAUAAGCUACUUGAAAAGUAAAGAAAAAGGAUAUGGAAAAUUAAGCAGUGACGAAGACCUGGAAAUAAUUGUCGAUGAAAAGCAGGGAAAAGGCUCUAGGGCGGCAGAUAAGGCUGUUGCCAUGGUGAUGAAGGAGAUACCGAGGGAGCAGUCUGCUGAAGAAAAGCCCCUCCUUACUAUGACAUCACAGCUGGUGAAUGAACAGCAAGAAAGCAGACCCCUCCUGAGUCCCUCCAUCGAUGACUUUCUCUGUGAAACCAAAUCGGAGGCAAUAGCAAGGCCAGUAACGUCCAACACAGCCGUAUUGACUACAGGCUUAGAUCUCCUUGACUUGAGUGAACCCGUCUCUCAAACCCAAACCAAAGCCAAGAAGUUGGAGGCCUCAUCAAAAACCUCAUCCCUCAAGAAAAAGGCUGAUGGGUCUGACCUCAUCAGUGCAGAUGCUGAGCAGAGAGGCCAGGCUCUCCGAGGCUCGGAGACAGCAUCCUUAGACUUAACAGACAUUCAAACACAACUGGAAAAAUGGGAUGAUGUUAAGUUUCACGGAGAUCGAAAUAGCAAGGGGCAUCCCAUGGCAGAGAGAAAAUCAAGCUCAUCUAGAACUGGAUCAAAAGAACUUUUAUGGUCUUCAGAGCAUAGAUCUCAGCCAGAGCUGAGUGGUGGGAAAAGCGCCUUGAACUCUGAGUCAGCUUCGGAGCUGGAAUUAGUGCCUCCAACACAGGCUCGACUGACCAAAGAGCAGCGCUGGGGGAGUGCCUUGCUUUCCAGAAACCAUUCCUUAGAAGAAGAGUUUGAAAGAGCGAAAGCAGCUGUGGAGGAGUUUCCUCCAUGCUUCCUCUUGGGUUUUCUUCCUAGCCAGCUGCCUAAACAUGCUGUUAGCUUCAAGUCCCUAAGAAAGAUGCACAGGAGGUGCAGAAGUGAGAAGCAGGGAAGGAGCUCAGUGAGGCCUGAAGCUGCCUCCCGGAAGGAGAUCCCUCGAGUGCACUGUACAGCCUCUGCAGAGAGAGGAGGUCACGUGGGCAGUCAGCACACCUGCAACCACACGUCAGAAAUGCCUCUCACCACUGUCAGCAGAGAGGAAGCAAGCCAGCCAGCCUCUGGAGCUGUGUUUACCUCCUUAGUCUCUCUAGGUGCCUCAGCCUUCAGAGUAAACCAGAUAUAG